UAAAACUUUGGAUAGGGUAUCAAGUGACAAAUUCUUCAAAACCUACCAAACCAAACCAAUUGCCACAUUUUCUCAAUAAAAAAUGGCCACACUACUUUCAUCUUCAUCUCUUCACUCAAUUCGUCUCUCUUCUUCUACAAUCCCUUCUUCAUCUUCUACUUCUUCUCAUUCCCUUCAAUUUUGCAAUUUUCCAUGCCACCCUCGCAUGAAGGCACUCUCAAUCAAGAAUAAAAACCGUUGUUUAUCUGUGACCAAAGCAGUGGAAGAUGAAACACAACAAGAACAAGAACAAGUUGUUACUGAUGUUGAACAACAGCAACAACAAACAUCAGUAACCUCGGAGCAACCAUCUGUUGUUGUUCCUAUUUCUCCAUCUGAUACUCUCACCAUGCUCUUUCAGGCAGAGGGAACAUUGAAUGAAACAGCUGUUCCACCUUUGAGAAAAGCUUUAGAGGAGACAGAGGGUGUUAAAAAUUUGAAGGUCAAUGUAUUUGAGGGACUCGCAACUCUAGAGUUGGAAAAGCAGACAACAAUUCAAGCUACAGGAGUGGCUUCUAGUCUGGUAGAAAUCAUACAAGGUUUAGGCUUCAAAUUACAGACAUUAAAUCUCAGUUUUGAUGAUGAAGAUGCUGCAGCAGUUGAUGAUGAAGAUGUUGCAGCAUUUGCCUAGACUAAUGUUGCAGCAGCUAGCCUGUUCAAAUUUUCCUGAUUAAAGCCUAAUGCACUAACUUUUGUUUGUAUAGGCCUGAUUAAGGGUAUGAAUUAACCCUGAUUAAGGGUUAGCAUUUCCCUUAUUAUCAUUAUUGUUACUUUUUCGUGAAAAAUUCGAAAUAUGAUAAAAACCUUCACUUAUUGAGAACUUUAUCUUAAAUGAGAAGACACCAUUGGCAUUAUAGCAACUAGCCAAUUUUCACA